AUGGGUGUCCUAAGCCAACUGUUAUAUUUUUCCGUUCACCCAAAUCAACUGAGAUCGAUCCUGCAAUGGAAAAUAUGGCACGAACCUGUUCACGCGCGGAAUCCCGAAAAGGAGUCUGCAAACCUGCGAGAAUGCUUCAGAUACCUUGAGAUGACCAGUCGAAGUUUCAGCUCCGUCAUCCAAGAACUCAACCCAGAAUUACUCGUCCCGGUUGCGCUCUUCUACCUUAUUCUACGGGGUCUGGAUACGAUCGAGGAUGACAUGACAAUCCCCCUGGAGACGAAGGAGCCCAAGUUGAGGAAAUUCCAGGACAUACUCGAGGAAGAUGGUUGGACUUUCAACGAGAAUGGGCCAAACGAGAAGGAUCGAGAGCUGCUUGUACAUUUCGAUGUGGUGAUCGCGGAGUUCAAAUUGGUCAAGCCUGCGUACAGGGACAUCAUCAAGGAUAUCACUAACAAGAUGGGCAAUGGUAUGGCUGACUAUGCGAACAAUGCGGAGCACAAUAUCCACGGUGUAAACACCAUAAAGGACUAUGAGCUAUAUUGCCAUUACGUCGCUGGCCUCGUUGGAGACGGUCUCACAAGAUUAUUCGUGGAGAGUAAGCUUGCAAACCCAGCACUUCUCAAGCGACCAGAACUUUCCGAAUCCAUGGGUCAAUUCCUGCAAAAGACAAACAUCAUUCGUGAUAUUCGAGAGGACUUCGAUGACAAGAGACGGUUUUGGCCAAAGGAGAUCUGGUCCAAGCAUGUCACCAAGUUUGAUGAUCUGUUCGACCCUAAAAAUAUCGACAUCGCUAUUAAUUGCAGUUCAGAAAUGGUUCUCAACUCUCUCCGCCAUGCGGAUGAGUGCUUGUUCUACAUGGCCGGCAUCAAGGACCAGAGUGUGUUCAACUUCGUCGCCAUCCCACAAUCAAUGGCCAUUGCAACAUUGGAGCUUGUGUUCCACAACCCAGAUAUCUUCAAGAAGAAUGUCAAGAUCACCAAGGGCGAUGCUUGCCAACUGAUGAUGGAGUCGUCACAGAAUCUGCGUUCUGUAUGUGAAAUUUUCAAGAGGUACAUUGCGAAGAUCCACAAGAAGAAUACUCCCAAGGAUCCCAACUACCUCGAGAUCAGCAUUGCUUGCGCCAAGGUCGAACAAUUCAUCGAGUCUAUUUUCCCAACUCAAGAUCCCAAGGCCUUGUCUCUUAUUCACAAGGGCGAGAUCGCACCUUCGGAUGCGAAGAGGGCUGCCGAAGAUUCCGAAGCAAAGAAGGACGUUUUCUUCCUCUUGCUUGCAGUUAUGGGGACCCUGGCCGUCAUUUCGGGUCUGAUGAUUGGUGCUGCAUAUUUGGCAGGUGCACGCUUUGACAUUGCUCUCAAGGAGCUCACCAAAGGCAACAUCUUCCCUAAGGGAGGUGAGCCGGUACCAAGCGUAUCAGUCACUGGCCAUGGAGAGCUAUGA